ACUGAUACAACAAGCCAAAAACACGCAAUUAAGAGAUCUUUUUAUAUUGAAUUUUACUGUUUAUCUGAGAAUUAGCUAAAUUAAAAUGACUACAGCUGCGCGACCAACAUUCGAUCCUGCCCGUGGAGGCUCUGGUCGCGGUGAAAAGGACCUAAGCGCGCUGAGCAAACAAUAUUCCAGCCGCGAUUUACCAGGCCAUACCAAGCUGAAAUACAGGGAGGCUGGCCAGGGCACCAGCGAGGAGAUCCGCAACCGUGACUUUCGCAAGGAGUUGGAGGAACGCGAGCGAGAAGCUCGUUCCGGAUCUGGAGCCACCUCUUCUGGCAAAGCGCUGCCCUCCAUUGUGCGCAAGGCUAUUGAGGCCAACAAUGCAGGCGCAAGUGGUGGCGGAAGUGUCGGAAAGCGCGCCAAGCCAGACACCGCACAGCAGCAACUGUUGCAGCAGCAGCAGGCCGCCAAUCUGGACGCCGAUGAGCCAUUGGACAACGACAGUUCCGAUUCGGACAGCGAUUCAGAUGAUGAUGAUGCCGCUCUGCUGGCCGAGCUUCAGAAGAUCAAGCAGGAGCGUCUGCAGGAGACAGCUCGUCGGGAGUCGGAAAAGAAGCAGGAGGACGAGCGCAUCCGCAUGGAGAACAUCCUCUCGGGUAAUCCAUUGAUCAACUACGAACCUGGAACCGCCGCAUCGGCCGCGGGACGUGCCUCUGGUCUUGGCGGCGACCUAAAGAUCAAGCGCCGUUGGGAUGACGAUGUCGUUUUCAAGAACUGCGCCCGCUCUGCUCCCGAGAAGAAGACACACUUCGUUAACGAUGCCCUUCGCUCUGAUUUCCACAAAAAGUUCAUGGACAAGUACAUCAAAUAGGCGCCUAGGAUUCGCUUUAAGUUUCAACCGCUUUGUGUAAUAGUUUAAGUAAACCAAUUGUCAACUUUUUUUGGCCCUCCGCCCCAAGCUGCUCAUUAAAUAUCACGUUUUGUAAGAAAAAA